CAGAAAGCCGGAGUGUGGCGGUGGGCGUUUCCUGGGAACACUGGGUGUUGUGUUGUCCCGGGACACAUUUUCGGCGCGUGCCGCAGGUGCAGCUGCUGUGACACCGACGUUGCUGCGAUACAUUCGAGGCAACAUAUUGACCCCCGGUAACUCACAGGGAAUUAGCCAUUCGUAUUGCUUCCUGAUGCGGGACUAUUCUUCCGCCAUUUUGUAGCACUGUAGGUAAUCGCCUAUUAGGCAAAAGGCAAGAAGAAAGAUGUCCCAACAACGUGUGAGAAGGAACGGCUCUCCCACCCCACCGCCGACCCCUGUUAGUACCGGAGCAGGUGGAGCCCCAGGGAGUCGGCUGCAGCCAAUGAGGGCCACCGUCCCUUUCCAGCUGAAACAGCACGGGAGCCCCACACGGGGCAGCAGCAAUAAUAACAACGGGACUGGCCAGCGCACCCCUUCUACAAGCGGCAGCCCCACACGAGCAGGGGGAGGAAAUGGCCUGGAAUCACCCCCGGCAGUGACCAGCAAUCGAGGAAGCCCCACGGUGUCCACGCAGACAGGGGCGUCACCCACUCGUGGGCAUCACCACCAUCAUCACCACUCUCACCAUCACCACCACCUUCAUCAUCAUCACCAUCAUAAUAACCAGCAGGGGGUCGUGUCUCCUGCCUCCUCUCCCCCUGUACUCACCAGUCCUGCAGAUCCCUCCAUAGCAGCAGCCUCCUCAUCCUCUUCUCCCUCCCCUGUGGCCCUCUCCUCAAUAGGAAGGCCUGGCUGGCAGCAAAGGGCCUCACCGGAGAGGAAGAGUCCCAGCUCCCCAAAAGGGGAUAAAACACAGCCUCCUUCAUUAAGUCCCUCAAGUUUAAUCCGGCGCACGCCUUCACUUGAUACACUUGCCGCUCCAUAUCUGUCUGGUCAAUGGCCUCGUGAUAAUCAAGUACAGACAGCUCCUUGUAUGAAAGACCAGUCCACCCAGACGGAGAGUGCUUGGGCUGAAGAAUAUGCAGAGAAGAAGAAAGGAUCUCAUAAGCGCUCUGCAUCCUGGGGAAGCAAUGAGCAGCUAAAAGAGAUUGCAAAAUUACGUCAACAACUUCAGAGAAGUAAACACAGCAGCAGACACCAUAGGGAAAAAGACAGACAGUCUCCAUUCCAUGGCAACCACUCUGCAAUUAAUCAGAGUUCAAUGUCCAAGAACGUACUUACUCCAGUGACUAUUCCCAUUACAAAAUCCUCUGGGUCUCGAUUUCGCAACAGCAUGGAGGGGCUGAACCAAGAGAUUGAAAUAAUUACAAAGGAAAAUGGAGAGAAGGAAGAGCAGCUCUUGCACGGAGACUGUUCAGGCCUUCUUGAUGUCAAUGGGAACACUUCAAUGGGUUUUCUGCACCUGCUCCCAAAGCCCCAAGAUAUCCCAGAUGGACAUCGUGCUCCCCCACCUCUAGCACUGCGCAGUAUAGAUACUCAGACCCCUGGAGGGGUUGAACACGGAAGCAACAAUAGCAGCCGCGCGCAAUCCAUGUCACCAGGCACUUUCAUUACAAUUUCUAAUGAGUGCAACGAGGAAAGCCCUUGCCUGGUUGAUGACAAUAUUGCAGAUCCUCGAGACAAAGAGAAUGGAAAUCAUUCCCCUCUUCCCAAGUAUGCUACAUCGCCAAAACCAAAUAACAGCUACAUGUUCAAGAGAGAACCACCUGAGGGAUGUGAAAGGGUAAAAGUAUUUGAGGAAAGCGUACCAAAGCCACUUCACGAAAUUCCACCAUUUUAUUGUCCAGAUAAGAACAAAGUGAAUUUCAUUCCAAAGAGCGGUUCUGCGUUUUGUCUGGUCAGCAUACUCAAGCCCCUUCUACCCAAUCAGGAAAUAACCUUUAAAGGCCCCAACCAUAGUCUUACAGUGCCUUCUGGAAUACCAUCUUCACUGAUUCAGAACCUCAGCAUGACUUCCAUAUCAGGAAACCUAGAACAGGAACGUAAUUCUCGAGGGACAAAUACCCUUGCUCCCCCAUUGUCUCUGCUACACCCAUCAGGCCAAAUUGAUGAAGAAGAAGACUAAAAAACAUUUUGUAUGUCCCUUGUUACAGAGGGACUGCAGUGACUUCAAAUGCAGUAUUUUCAUAAGCUGUUAAAAGUAUUGACUAUAUUCUAAGUAAUUUGGGCAGACUUGCUGGCAUUGGCAUCUGUAAUGGAUAGAAUUGUCAAGCUCUGGAAAGAACUAUAAACACCCGCUAAUUCUUUUACCUUGGCUUUCUUGUAACAUCAAAAUAAUCUGGUGCCUCUAUCUAUAAAGUGUUAAUGAACUGAUUUAAAUGCUGCACCAGCAUUGUAUCAGCAAAUUGAUUUUGUUAUCCUUGUUUUUUGGGCUUUACAUCACUAGUCACUGUGAUGCCAACUUUCAUGAGGAACAAGACAAACUGCUUUCUAGAUAAGUCCAUAUUAGCAAUAGCUAACCACUCGAGUGGAAACAAGAAGGCAUUUUUUUUUUGCAUAGGUAUAAACUAAUGGCCAAGGUUAUUUCAUAAAUUUUAAGCUGUUUUCUAGCUGCUAGGUAGGAACAAAUAUGGUCUUGCAAGGUUAUCUCUCAUGUUAAGAUAACUCAUCUUAAUACUAUAUGUAAACCUGUAAAUAGAAGGUUGAUAGUGAAAAUGAAUAGAUUGUUGGUGAUAUGGUUUAUGUUACAUGGAAUUAGAUGUACCUCCUGCUUCAUCAUCUUAUUAUAGUUGUCGACAUUGUGGAAUUUGUAUCCUACUUCAUUAGCAGACAUUCAGAUGAUCAUAAACCGUGUAUGAGGGCCCCAGCUCAAAUUUUGAUUUGCUAGGCAAGCUACCUGUUGCAGUGUGCUGCUCUUUGCAUAUCAUAGUUUCAUGUUUUUCAGGAUCCUUCCUUCCCACGCUUACAAUGAAUCUUCCAAUGCAUUGGAGUACUACUCAACAAUUUAGUCUAAAAUAUAAAGCACAGACUAUCCAAUGCUUUCAUCUACCGCAGUUUAAUUCCUUUAUUGGCUACAGGAGCUUUUUUUUUUAGAAUCAGUGUUGAAUCAGACUCCCUCAGAAUUCUGAUAGCUUGGCAGUGAAUUGCAGAAACUUCUAGUCCAGAGUUUUUCUGGUAUUUAUCCACUGUACUAAACAUGAUAUAGUUUAUCUAAAUUAUAGAUAAGAGACAUUAAUAAUGUAAUUUGUAGCCAUCAUAUUUGAAGACACAGAUAAAAAAAUGUGAAUUUUUUUUACCACUUGUUGGCUCGUAUCAGACUACACGACACUAAGGAGAAAAUAAACCGAGACAAGUGCCAGAGCAUCAAGACACAUGCUGUUGCUAGGGGAAUGAUAUAUUAUGGUAGUAUCACUUCACCUACCGAUGAAGCCCCAGCCAGAAAGUGGCCUUUAACAGGCUCAGUUCUAGGAGACUGCGAUCUUCACCAGGUGAAUAUAUUGGGUAAUAAGGUGCAUCAGGUGUUGUAUUUCUGACCAUAUAUGGAACAUAUACAUGUUGGGGGUAUUUGUAUAACCAACCAAUUUGUAGCUUGAUGCUCUGUCUCUUUAAAGAGGGACCUGUCAUCCAGACAAAAAAACUGUAUAAGUCCUUUUCAAAUUGAAGGACCAGUAACAUCAAUUUUUUUUAAAAAAAAUCGUUUGUAUAGAAUGAAAAAAAAAUACAGAAAAAGGUGACACGGUGACUAUCCAUCAUACGGCGCUCGAUUUUUCCUCCCUGGCUAUCUCCUAUAAGGAAGGCAGGGAGGAGAAAUCGAGCACCGCAAGAUGGACUGUCUUUUCUGAAUAAGACCGCAAUCGGAGUUUUGGUAAGUUAUUUCUUAAUAGAGACUUAGCGAUUUAAAAGUUUAAUUUGUCUGUUUUCUUUUUUGUACUAUACUAGCGAAUUUAAAAAAAAAAAGUUAGUGGUCCUUUAAACACAAGAUUCAAAUAAUAUCUCUAAGUAAAGUUCAUUUUGUUUGACUAACACAAUAUAAUAGGAUUUGGAAUAUUUUUUCAGAUGGCAGGUCCCCUUUAAAGGGAUAAAGGCUUCUUGGACUGCAUUUUAGCAGAAUGGUGCCCCAAAAAAUGGAAUCCGGGUGCCAAGGUUUACCUGUAGCUGUGCCACCUCUUCUGUGAAAUCCAACAUCAGUAGAAUACAAUAAUAAUAUUGUGAGCAGAUGCCUCUAUCAUUGACUUACUCAAUCGUGCCAUUACAUGGGCAGCACUAUGCAUUCUCUGUGCGAAAAGACUCAUAUGCUGUAUUUUUCAGGUUAAAGGAAUACUAUGGCUGGUACGGUUAUAUCUGUUCUACUGGAUAUAGCUGUACCUGUAACAUCCCUUUAUUAGGCCUCCGGGCAAGUACUGUUAAUGUCUUGUGUUUUUUGUGUAUUGCAGAAAUUUCCAAGUAAUCCGAUCCCAAAGAUUGCUGCUAUAAAGAUGUUAAAUGUGAGAUUUUCCAGAUUAUGUAAACAGUUUACCAGGAAUACACCUGUUCCAGCUGAUUGUAUUUUCUGGAAUUUCUUGGUUUUUUUAAGGUAGGGUACCUAAGAACCAUACCUUUCUGAUUAGGCAUUUAAAAUAAUGGCUAUGAUUUUCUAUAGCAAUAACUCUGACUUGAGUGUAUUGUUCCAUCAGCUUUAUUUAAAGUUAGAGUGUAAAUGUUUCUCCAGUGCUAAACCAGAAUGCAAUCAACGGAUUUGUGCGAUGGUCAAGAUGUACCUACAAAUGGUAUAAUGUGAAUGUUGGAUUUGUUAAGUUAAUAAAUUUUUUUAAAGGGAAA